AUGGAUAGAAUAAUUAAAGGAAUAAUGAAAUAUAGAAACUGUCACAGGGAGGGAAUGGUGAAACAGUUUCAACAAGUUCGAGAUCAUCCAGAGCCAAAGGCAGUAUUCUUUACCUGCAUGGACUCCCGGAUGAUCCCAACUAGAUUUACGGAAACGAAUGUUGGGGACAUGUUUGUCGUUAGAAACGCUGGUAACGUUAUUCCUCAUUCUCAGCAUUUCGUGGAUGAGCUGACAAUGUGCGAGCCCGCUGCCUUAGAGCUCGGCUGCGUGGUGAACGACAUAAGGCACAUCAUAGUUUGCGGGCAUAGCGAUUGCAAGGCAAUGAAUCUGCUGUACGCUUUGCGCGACGAAGAAUUCGCAUCGAAAGUGAACAGGAGGAUAUCGCCGUUGAGAGCGUGGUUGUGCGCACACGCCAGUAGCAGCUUGGCCAAGUUUCAACAGCUUGAAAUCACCGGAUUCCAUCAGCCGAUACUCUUUCAAGCCGAGACACCUUUACGCAAGUUCGUGGCGUACAUCGAUCCCGAAAAUAAAUUUGCCAUAGAAGACAAAUUAUCUCAAAUAAAUACUCUCCAACAGCUACAAAACAUAGCUUCUUACGGAUUUUUAAAGAAAAGGCUUGAAAGGCACGAUCUACACAUUCACGCUUUGUGGUUCGAUAUUUAUACCGGCGAUAUUUAUUAUUUCAGCAGGGCGAACAAAAGAUUUGUAGAGAUAAAUGAAUUGACCGAGACGCCUUUACUCGCAGAGAUUAAGAAAUAUUAUUCUUAAACACUACUUAACGUUGAAACGGCUUCUCUUCUAACAGUUAAGACUGAAUAACAUCGAUUUUAAUUCAUCGAAUUGUCUGAGAACACUGAAACCUGUAGCGGGCUGGCAAGACAGGCGUUCAUUCAAUUGAAGACCAUGUAAUGUACCUGGAUGUGAAAGUAGUGAAUUCUCUUCCCCCGUCUCUUUUUUUAUUAAGAUUCAUGUUACAAACUUGUUUGCACAAAAUAGACGUCUAUGAUACGGGUGGAGAUAUUUAUGACAAGAGUACUUGAUACAGUCGUCGUUUCAUUGUAUAUUAAGUAUCGAUAUAUUUAUAGAUCAUUGGGCCGUCUGGAAAGUUAGUCGAGAAAUUUUUUUCUGAUGUUUUAGUUGUAAAGAGAAAAUCAGCAUUCCAAAUUUGUUGGACAAAACCAACGUAUAGCAUGUGUUCAUAACAUUAAACUUAUAAGAAAAAUGAUUUUCUUCGACCAAACUUACGUAUAGUCAGCGUUAAGAGAUAUAUUAUUUUUUUAACUAUAUAGAAAUGUAACGAGACAUAUUUUACUGUUGUUAUACAUACGGAGUUUAUGCAUGUACAUUUACAACAAUUUAAUGUUAUUCUAUACAUGUAUUUAUAAAUGUAAUUUGUAUGAUUGUACACGUUUGGUGAGAGUACAAAAUAUAUUUGUUUUCUCCUGGGA